UGCCGCAGCCGGUGGUUUCAGCACUGCGAUUUCUAGGGUUUAGGCCGGAGAAGACGACGGAGGAAGAUGAAGCCGGUAGUAGGAACAGUAGUGUCUAACAAGAUGCAGAAAUCAGUAGUGGUGGCAGUGGAUAGACUCUUCCACAACAAGGUUUACAAUCGAUAUGUCAAACGGACCUCCAAAUUCAUGGCUCAUGAUGAAAAGGAUGAAUGCAACAUCGGUGACCGCGUUAAGUUGGAUCAUUCAAGACCACUGAGCAAGCGUAAGCACUGGGUUGUAGCUGAAAUUUUGAAAAGAGCAAGAAUUUAUGUGCCUCCACCAUGAACUACCACUGAGAGGGUCAACAAGACUGAAGUGCCCCCUAAUGCUAGUUAGAGCUGAAAAAGAAUUACUAUCUCAAUCUUCGCCUUGUGUAUCCAGAACAAAUUGCCUAUUUACUAAACUUUUUUGAUGUUUUUGCUCAUCUACUGAGAAACAAGUACAUGUCAGCUGCUGUUUCGGCGUUGAUCAACUAGAUUGAAGAUCAUGCUAGUCAGAAACUGGUGUUUUCCAGGUUUAAAAUGGUCUGCCUUGGUCAAUAAACCCAAACAGCCAAAAUAGUUGUUAGUGAAAAGUUCCUAAGGAAGUAGGAAUUCAUAAUAGUUGAGGCUGUUAAGCAACUAAAUGUUGUAUGUCCUGCAAUUGCCUUAUUGUCUAUUUCCAUAAAAUCUAA